GUCCUUCCCAGCACCAAAGAUGCUUGCUUUGUUUCUGCAGUGGAGACUUUACAACAGAUCAGCACCACCUUCACCCCGUCAGACAAGCUGCAGGUGAUCCAGCGUACCUUUGAGGAGCUGACCCAGGAAGUACGAGCCCUGCUAGAGGGGAACUUCCUGUUGUCCAUGGAUGACCUCUUACCUCUCUUCCUCUACGUGGUGCUUAGAGCACGGAUGAGGAACCUGGCUGCUGAGGUGAGUUUGAUAGAAGAUCUAAUGGACCCCUCUCUGCAGCACGGAGAGCUGGGACUCAUGUUCACCACACUGAAGGCUUGCUGUUUUCAGAUCCAACAGGAGAAGACGACGUAGUGAAGAGGAGGUGUACUGCCUUCUACAACGGAGGUCGAACGGAGGGUCCCAUUUUUUUAUACCGUCGAAUCCAGACGACCGGAUAAUCCGUCUAUAGAUGGAUUAUUCCCUGGCUAAAGACAUUUAUUAUUUUUUUACCAUUAUUUAUACAGGGAAGUCCCGUUGAGACCCGACGUCUCUUUUGCAAGGGAACCCUACCUUCACAAAAAGUAGCAAAACAAUACAAAGUACACAAAAGGAAUUUGUGAAACAAUUAUUAACAAUCAAAGGCCGGCGCAUGAUAAAUACAAUUAGACAAAUGUAUACUAAAUGUUUAAGAGAUACAGUGAAAAGAGAGUUCUAGAUUMCAGGUACUGCUGCCUCAUGACAAAGGGAACUUUAAUGCAACCACCCUGAAGAUUGAAGAAUCACAGACUUUUUUUGUUUUAUCCUGAKUAUCUUUAAUCCUGACUGACUAUCUUUAAUCCUGACUGACUAUCUUUAAUCCUGARUGACUAUCUUUAAU